GGCAGGAGGCGCCACGACCUCCGCCCCCAUUGGCGCUCCCCUCCACCUCACGCGCCCAGGUGUCCACCCCGCUGCCACGCCACUCUGCUUUAAAUGCUCCGGCGGCUUCCCUUCCGUUUCCGUUCCACCUCGCUCUCGAUUCCGCUCGCCAAGCCUCGUCGGAGGUGAACCGCCGGCGGAAGGGGAAGCGCCGCGACACCAUGUCGUCGGGGUCCGGUCCGAACUCGCCGGCGCAGGCUGCCGGCGGCGGCGGGGCGAUCCGCCCCCAGCGGUCCGGCGCCGACCCGCUCCUCAUCGUGUGCCGCUGCUUCGGGGUCGUCACGGCGGCCACCGCGCUCCUCUGCGUCGCCGUCAACGUCCUCUCCGCCGUCCACUCCUUCCGCGGCGGCAUCGACAUAUUAGGGGGCGUAUUCCGGUGCUACGCGGUGGUGUUCUCCAUCUUCGUCGGCGUCCUCGAGACCGAGUGGGAAUUCAUCGUCAAGUUCUGCAAGAUAUUUGAAUACUUGCCUGCAAGGGGAAUGCUACAGAUAUUUGUUGCUGUCAUGACGAAGGCAUACCCAAAUGUUGAGAGGAAUGAUCUGCUUUUGCUCCAGGAGAUUGCCAGCUAUAUGCUUCUUGCAUGUGGAGCUGUCUACAUAAUCUCGGGUAUAUUGUGCCUUGGUGUGUUGAAACGUCGUAAGCAGCAGAAAGAGACAUCACGGGAGCAAGCGGUCAAGGAUUUGAAGGAGCUCGAGAAACGGAGAGAAGAACUUGAGUCACUGUUAAUUGCUGAGCGGUCUGAAGCAGCCUGAUGACUGACCAAAAGGAUCAAACAUCUCUCAUCCCCAGUGUAGAUAAUUGUUUUUCCUGUUGAUAGCAUGCUGCUUGGUCAUAACCAUUGGUUGUUCAUCAAGCCUCUUUGUUGAAGUGUAUCUCCUCUAGUUCCACUGACUUGCUGCUUUCUUCUGGGCUUUCAGCUGAACUGUAGUUCUGGGUUCUGGGUCGUCUGGAAGCCUGUUGUUUUAGUUACAUUCCAGCGUUUGUGUGAUGUAGUAUGCUGAUCUCGUGUAUGCCUGUCUUUGUACUGUGUUGCUGAAUAAUUUGCCUGAAUUUUGUGUGCAAGCAUUGUCUUGUUCGUGGAUCAUAGUUGAAGCAACUUCCUCUCUUUGACAGAUGGAUUGUAGUACCUUAAUCCUUUUCA